CUGAGUGAAAAUCACAAAGAGGAGGAAUAUAAGCUGAAACUAGAGGUCACUAAAUAUAAUAUUCGUAAGAAUCGAAGGAAUGAGACAUUUACGUGAGCUCGUUACUGAUGCAACGUACUGUGAUUACAGCACCAUUUAGUGCCUCUUUCUGGCAUCAAUAAUUUCAAUCAAUGGCGUAAUGACGUGGCUAAAGUGCACAAUGUGGCGCGCUGCUAUCCUCGGUCUUGUCGUAGUAGGCAAAGCGUCUCCGGCGUUAUUUCAGAGUCUCAAUCCGUUGCCUACUGGAGCGGUCGGGCCAGGGAAUUCCGGCUCGCAGGGCCAGACAUCCUCUGUCAACUCGCACACCCCAUCAUCCUUCACUUCGGCGGUAUUGCCCGCAUAUUGCGCUGAGCUAGCCCGCCAGACAGGCUGCGAUAGUCUUCCAGGAGAGUGUUUAGAUUGCUUUUUCAAUUGUACAUGCGUCUAUGGGAGCACCGUCAUUGUCGAGUGUGCGCCAAAGAAAAAUAUUGACUGCCGUCAUGAGAGCAGCCUCCGAAAACGAAGCAUGAUCUGUCGUUACUGCUAUCAAACCCCCCCAGAGGAGCACAUCUGUGAACAUAACAGCAGUUGUCAAGUUACCCAUGCACCUCGACAAUACUACACAGCUUCGUGUACGGUGCGUCCCGAUGUGAUCUGCCUUGGCAAGCGGGUUUUUCUCAAACGACGAUUAUGCAAUUGGACUCGUGGCUAUAGCUGGAGUACGGCGUUGUUGCUCUCUGUGGUUCUAGGUGGUUUCGGCGUGGAUAGAUUCUACCUCGGAAUGUGGCAGGAGGGCGUGGGGAAGCUUUUCUCGUUUGGGGGACUCGGCGUUUGGACACUUGUUGACGUUGUGCUUAUUGCCACCGGCUAUCUUGGGCCAGCCGAUGGCUCUUUGUAUAUACCUUAGGUAGCAACGCAAGCUCACGCAGACUAAUUCAUGGUUUUUGGCGAAGUAUGAAUUUUUUGAAAUGUUUAGAGGAAAGAGGAAAGAUUUGAGUUAAAUAAGUGCAGCUAUUGAUCUAGCAGAGGUGGCUGGGCAUAUGCACCAUUCAGCAAUUUUUUUUAGGGUACUGACAGAUUUUUGGCUAAUGGCAUAGGAAACUUUCAAGAGAAUAUUGUAGGCUUUCAAAGGAAUUUGUGAGCAGCCGUUUACGUUAGAAAAGACGACAAAAUAGGACUAAAGUUUACUAUUAUUAUGUCUCGCGGCGAUGUCCGUUGCAGUUUUUGACAGCUAGCUAAUGAGAGUUGCGUGCGGGAAUGGAACGUUGAAAUUAAGUACUUUCGUUGCUAUCGAAGUCAAAACGGGAGUAAUUAGGUUUGAGGCGUCAUGAAAGUUGUGCUUCUCUAGGAUGAAUUGUAAGGAGUAAGAGGUAGCGCACCACAACUCAUAUGGUGUCAAUCAAUGCUAGAUAUAAGAGAAGUGUCUACCGUGUUCAAUAGUGCUUGCAAUGGAUAGUGAAGGCUGAUCACGACGUGGAUUGGACUGUUUCAUGAAUGUUACACCGAUGUCAGCCAAUAAAAUCU